UAUUAGUCGUAAGUGGGCGCUGCCAGUGAGCGGUCCCCUGCGUCUGCGCAUAUUUUAAAAAUAAAAUCGCUUUGUUUACAUUUUUAAUUCAGUUUUGUGGCCAGUGGCAAAUAUGGCGAAACUUUUAAGCAAAGAAUUACCUGAUAUUGAGGAACUUUGGUUUAGUAGGUAGACCGUGAAGAGUUAUCCUACAAACAUACUUUCGCGUUUAUAAUUUGCUCAUGAACCUAUUGAAAUUGAACCCAACGGUCAAGCCCUACACUAACCUGGUGCCGUCUGCGCAGACUAAGAAAAAUAAGCAGCAUUGGAAGAGAAAUGCCGACAGGAAGUGCUAUGCAUGUCCUUCUUUGACGAAGAAUUUCGACGACAUAAAACAUACAACUCUAUCGGAGAGGGGCGCUUUGAAAGAAGCCGCGCGUUGUCUCAAAUGCGCCGACGCACCGUGCCAGAAGUCGUGCCCCACUCAGAUCGACGUCAAGAGUUUCAUCUCCAGUAUCAGUACCAAGAACUACUAUGGCGCGGCCAAGGCGAUCCUAUCGGACAACCCACUGGGUCUCACAUGUGGUAUGGUGUGUCCCACUAGCGACCUAUGUGUGGGGGGCUGUAACCUCCACGCCUCCGAGGAAGGGGCCAUCAACAUCGGUGGGCUUCAGCACUUUGCUGUUGACGUAUUCGUGAAAAUGGGCAUCCCCCAAACGUUAGAUCCAAAUCGCAAGCCUUUGCCCAAUGGCGGCGAUCAGAAGAUAGCCCUCAUGGGAGGAGGGCCGGCAAGCAUCAGCUGUGCUUGCUUCCUCGCCAGGCUGGGCUAUCGUGACGUCACUGUCUAUGAGAAGGAGAAGUACUUGGGCGGCCUCAGCUCCUCCGAAAUACCCCAAUACCGGUUACCUUACGACGUGGUGCAGUUUGAAGUGGACCUGGUCAAAAACCUCGGUGUCAAGUUCGAAACUGGCAGGAAAUUGUCUACUAAAGAUAUCACUGUUGAUGGUCUACUGAAAGAAGGGACUGAUGCAAUAUUCCUAGGCAUUGGGCUGCCGGAGCCCAAAAUCGAACCCAUCUUCAAAGAUCUUACGCAAGAAAUGGGCUUUUACACUAGUAAAAGUUUUCUGCCUCUAGUCUCAAAGGGCAGUAAAAGAGGAAUGUGCGCCUGCAAGUCCCCCCUCCCUGAGCUAUACGGGUCAGUGGUAGUACUCGGGGCGGGCGACACUGCGUUCGACUGUGCGACGUCGGCAUUGCGUUGCGGCGCUCGCAGAGUAUUCGUGUGCUUCAGAAAGGGGUUCAACCACAUCCGAGCUGUGCCUGAAGAGGUGGAUUUGGCAAAGGAAGAAAAAUGUGAAUUCAUGCCGUUUGUAGCACCCAAAGAAGUAAUAGUCAAAGACGGAAAGAUCAGUGGGCUAAGAAUGUGCCGCACGGAGCAGAUGGACAGCGGGGAGUGGGUCACCGACGAUGAACAAGUGGUGACGGUCAAAGCCAACUUCAUCAUCUCCGCAUUUGGCUCCGGGUUGUAUGACAAAGAUGUGAAAGAAGCAAUGUCCGGCGUCAAGUUCAACGACUGGGGCAUGCCAAUAGUAGACAAAGCGACCAUGCAAACAAACUUGCCUCAGGUAUUCGUAGGCGGGGACCUCGCAGAUGUCGCCGAGACCACUGUGGAGAGCGUCAAUGAUGGGAAAACUGCCGCUUGGUAUAUGCAUUGCUAUUUGCAGGGCCUACCAUUCGACUCCCCUCCGGAGCUGCCGAAGUUUCAUUGCCCUAUCGAUGACGUGGACCUUUCAGUGGAAGUCUGCGGUAUCAGAUUUGAGAACCCAUUUGGGUUAGCGUCGGCGCCCCCCACAACCAGCACUGCCAUGAUCCGUCGCGCGUUCUUGCAAGGAUGGGGCUUCGCCGUCACCAAGACCUUUGGGCUUGACAAGGAUCUAGUAACGAACGUGUCCCCCCGCAUAGUCCGCGGGGUGACGUCAGGAGACAACUACGGCCCGGGGCAGGGCUCCUUCCUCAACAUCGAGCUCAUUUCAGAGAAGUGUGAGGCGUACUGGUGCCAGAGCAUCGCUGAGCUGAAGAAGGACUUCCCUACUAAAGUGGUGAUAGCGUCGAUCAUGUGUUCGUAUAACGAAGCCGAUUGGACGGAGCUAGCGCAGAAGGCGGAAGCGGCGGGGGCCGACGCUCUGGAGCUCAACCUCUCGUGUCCCCACGGCAUGGGGGAGUCCGGUAUGGGGCUCGCUUGUGGACAGGAUCCCGUGCUAGUGAAGGGCAUCGCGCAGUGGGUGCGCAAAGCUGUGAAGAUUCCAUUCUUCGUGAAACUGACACCCAACAUCACUGACAUCGUGAGCAUUGCCGAGGCGGCCUACCAAGGUGGUGCGGACGGGGUGUCAGCAAUCAACACGGUGUCCGGGCUCAUGUCCGUCAGACCUGACGCGACCCCGUGGCCCGCGGUCGGCCGCGAGAAACACACGACAUACGGCGGCGUAUCGGGCAACGCGACUCGCCCGAUGGGCCUCCGUGCAGUGUCCGCUAUCGGCAACAAACUGCCCGGCUUCCCCAUACUGGGCAUCGGCGGCAUUGACUCCGCUGACUCCGCGCUGCAGUUCAUUAUGUGUGGCGCUCCUGUCGUACAGAUCUGCAGCGCAGUCCAAAACCAAGACUUCACUGUAGUGGAGGACUACAUAACUGGUCUGAAGGCGCUCCUGUAUCUGCGCUCCAGAGGCCUCGACGGCUGGAGCGGCCAGUCGCCGCCGAAAUUAAAACAUCAGAAAGGGAAACCUGUGCAGACAUUGUAUGAUAAAGAUGGCAAGGUGCUCGCACAUUUCGGUCCGUACGGCAAGGAGCGCGAAGAAAUCCUCCACGAGCUCAGGCUGAAGUCGGACUUGCUCGGCGACAAUAAGGUCGAGAAUCAUCUGGCAGCUAACGGCGUCAACGGCCACCCGUCGGUGCCGGGUAUAAAGGACGUCUUGGGUGAAGCCCUACCUAGGAUUGGCACUUACAAACAUUUGGAUAACACCAAGCAAGUUGUGGCUUUGAUUGAUGAUGACAUGUGUAUAAACUGCGGUAAAUGCUAUAUGGCAUGUGCAGAUUCUGGAUACCAGGCUAUAGAAUUCGACCCUAAAACACACAUCCCGCACGUAACAGACGACUGCACUGGAUGUACAUUAUGUUUGUCUGUCUGUCCUAUCAUCGAUUGUAUUUCCAUGGUGCCAAAGCAGAUACCCCACGUAGUCAAAAGAGGGCUUCGUUAUAACGUGCUACCUGUAUCCCCAUUAGACCAGGUGUUCUGAAUAAAAUAAAAUGUCUAAAAAGCAAUAUAAAAAUAUAUUAACAUACAAAUAUAUUAUUGUUCAGUUA